AUGAAGUCAAUGUGGUUGUUAUUCAAAUAUUUUUUUUUUAUUGCUGCAGUAUGCCAUAAUUCGAAAUGCAACAAAACAAAAGGUAGAAAAGGAGUGACAAGUACUGACAUCGGAUUCAAUUCAACUUGCUAUUCAUUUUUCGGAGAAUUCAGAGAAAACGGAUCAUUCCAGCUCACAGAGCCUCUCACUACUGUUUCGUGUAAUCAAGGAGUAAAUCAUUGUUUUGUGGAAUUUUAUCGUCUUGCUUACUACACUUGGUUUAAUGGACAAUGUGAUAAUUCAUUUGCUUGUAUCUAUGAAUCCGAUUACACAUUCAGUAAUGGAUGUCAAGCGACACUACAUGGUGGCGAUCGAUGUUGCUGUAGUAAUAAAUUAUGUAAUUUUGACAUAAUUUUAAAAGAACGUCCCUGUUUUGCUAAGUAUCUACCACAACAGCAAGUUCUGAAAAGGCUUUUUGGAAGAGCGCCGAUUUGCGGUCUUAUCAAGAAUGCGUCGCUGGAUAGAAAUACUAACAAGAAGAAUUCAUGGACAAUAUGA